UUCACACAGCACUUCAGUUUGACUUUGCCACUCGCUCCGCUUUGUGUUGGUUUCUCAGAAGGGGGAACUUGAUCCAGCUCGGCUCGUUUUAUUAUUUUUUUGGAUAUUAUCCGCCCACCUCAGCAGCCUCUUGUCGGAGUUCUUGUUGAUUUGUAGCCGUAAUUACCCCAUUAAGCCUACAUCGUUAUCGUAAAAUGCGGAGACAACUGAUACUGUUGGCCAUAAUUUGCCUGACUCUGGUUCUGGCCAAGCCGGCAACAGAGGCUCCGCGUCUCCUCAUCGACUCGGCGCCCUCGGUGGUCUCCUACCAGGGCUCCUCCCAGAGGCAGACUCGCUUCGUCAUCGCCCCCAUGGGCCGGUCUUUGGGCUACGUGGAACCUACGAACCUGAAUCGGACCUUUCACACCACUGCCACGCAGGAAGGCGGUGGCACCGGCUACGAGCAACUCAGCCUGAGUCCAGUUUACGUGCCCAACAGUUGAGCAAUGAAACCAUUUAGUAUUAGCUAGUUAAUUCUAAAAUAAAGGCUGCUUCUAUAACAGUA